AGAAAUAUGGCAGCUGUCUCGCAUAGCAGUAACUGAUUCGCUGUUUGAAAUACAUUAGUGUCCUAACAGCUGUGGCUUGCAGGAAUUAUACUUUUCUUGUGCUUCAAGAUGCAGAAAAUCAAGUCUCUAAUGUCCCGACAGGGCUUGAAAAGCCCUCAGGAGAGUAUGGCAGAUAUGAGCCCUGUGGAGAACUUCAGAAUCCCCAGCAAGGAGGAGCUGAGGGAGUUGAGAGAGCAGCCCAUUGAUCCUCAGGCGGAGCAGGAGAUUAUUGACAGUAUAGAGGAGGUUUACUUCUCCAGCGACUCCUUUGACAUGGUGCAGUAUGAGCUUGAGAAACUUCCCCCAGAUCUGAACCUGCAGGAAUUGGAAGAGUACAGAGAUAAGCUGAAAAGACAGCAAGCAGCUGUGUCGAAAAAAGUGGCAGACCUCAUUCUCGAGAAACAGCCGUCCUACGUUAAGGAGCUGGAGAGAGUAACGUCCUUGCAGACCAACCUGCAGCUGGCCGCUGUCAUCUGCACCAACGCUCGGAGGCAGCUGAGCUUUGCUAAAGAGGGCUUCACUGAAGCCAGUCUAGGGCUUCUGGCCAACCAGAGACGGAGGCAGCUGUUGACAGGAUUGCUGAAAUCUUUGAGGACCAUAAAGACUCUGCAAAGAACAGAUGUUAGGCUGAGUGAGAUGCUGGAGGAGGAGGACUAUCCAGGUGCAAUCCAGUUGUGUUUGGAAUGCCAGAAGGCUGCCAGCACUUUCAAACACUACAGCUGCAUAAGUGAAUUGAACUCGAAGCUGCAAGACACCCUGGAACAAAUUGAGGAGCAGCUGGAUGUGGCUUUGUCCAAAACCUGCAAGCACUUUGACGUCUCGCACUACACCAAAGUUCAGCUGGCUUACUCCCUUCUGGGCAAGACGCAGACUGCUAUGGAUCAGCUUCACAUGCACUUCACCCAGGCCAUUCACAACACCGUGUUCCAGGUAGUACUGGGCUAUGUGGAGCUGUGUGCUGGUAAUGCUGACACCAAGUUCCAGAAGAUGCAGUAUAAAGAUCUCUGCACACACAUCACUCCAGACAGCUACAUCCCCUGCCUGACGGACCUCUGCAAGGCAUUGUGGGAGGUAAUGCUUAGCUACUACCGGACCAUGCAAUGGCACGAGGAGCAUGACAAAGAGGAGGCAGCUGACCCUGACGCAGAUGGCACUAGUAAUGAGAGCCCAGGCGAUUCUACAGUGGGCCGCAGCUACGUCAAGAAGAAGCUUGAGCAUGGCCUGAGUCGGAUUUGGCAGGAUGUCCAGCUGAAAGUGAAAGCCUAUUUACUCGGGACGGACAUGUCCAACUUCAAGUACGACGACUUCAUUGUGGUGCUGGAUGUUAUCAGCAGGUUAAUGCAGGUGGGUGAGGAGUUCUGUGGCAGUAAGUCUGAGGUGCUGCAGGAGUCCAUUAAGAGGCAGAGCGUGAACUACUUUAAGAACUAUCACAGAACUCGCCUGGAGGAGUUGCGGAUGUUUCUGGAAAAUGAAACGUGGGAGUUGUGCCCUGUGAAAUCCAACUUCAGUAUUGCUCAGCUCCAUGAGUUUAAGUUCAUGGGGCAGUGUCGGUCUCCGUCAGUUUCUCCCAGCAGGCAGCCGGCCUCCAGCGAGCCUUCGGAGCUCUCGUUAUUUGAGCAGUACACUCAGGGAGGAAACCCCUUUGAGAUGCAGAUAGACAACAAGGAAGAAGAGACCGAGGAUGUGUUGGCCUCCAAUGGGUAUGAGUCAGACGAGCUGGAAAAGAGUGUGUAUCAGGACUAUGACAGUGACAGUGAUGUGGCGGAGGAGCUGAAGCAGGACUUUGUGGAUGAGCAGACUGGAGACAUUCCGGCAAAAAGUGUAUCCAGAGAGACGCUCCGCAGCAGAAAGAGGUCUGACUACAACUUGAACAAAGCCAAUGCCCCCAUUCUGACCAACACCACCCUCAACGUGAUCCGCCUGGUCGGCAAAUAUAUGCAGAUGAUGAACAUUUUAAAACCCAUUGCCUUUGACGUCAUCCACUGUGUAUCGCAGCUUUUCGACUACUACCUGUACGCAGUCUACACCUUCUUCGGCCGGAAUGACAUGCAUGCUCCUUGUCCAGCCAUGCCUAUCCCAGGCGGCCAGCUAGGCGGCUCCAGACAGGUGCCCCCUGGCUGCGGGUAUGAAUCAUCAGGGCUGGGUCUGAUCAGCAGCAGACUGAGAACUACACUCAACCGCAUCCAGGAGAGCCUUAUAGACAUGGAGGCAGGAGGGGAGAGUGUAGGCCCCCAUGGACCCCCAGAGGAGAGGAAGGAAAAGGUGCCCAGCCCUCAUCUCAGCCAGUUGGUGGUGCUGACUGCCAGCGGGACGCUGUAUGGCCUGGCUGAGAGAGUAGUCGCAACCGAGUCACUAGUGUUCUUGGCCGAGCAGUUCGAGCUCCUACAGCCUCAUCUGGACACCAUGAUGCCUCCAGCCAAGAAGCCCUUCCUCCAGCAGUUCUACUCACAGACGGUGUCCACAGCCAGCGAGCUCCGCAAGCCCACUUACUGGAUAGUGGCAGCCAAAGCCAUUGAUUAUGAGCAGAUGCUGCUGCUGAUGGCGGGAGUGAAAUGGGACAUUAAAGAGAUAAUGUCACAGCACAAUGUCUAUGUGGAUGUCCUUUUAAAGGAGUUUGAGCAGUUCAAUAAAAGGCUCGGAGAUGUCUCCAGACAAGUACGGAUCCCCUUGCCGGUGUCCAAUGUCCUCUGGGAGCACUGCAUCCGGCUGGCCAACAGAACACUAGUGGAGGGCUAUGCUAAUGUGAAGAAGUGCAGUAACGAGGGCCGAGCCCUGAUGCAACUGGACUUCCAGCAGUUCCUCAUGAAGCUGGAGAAACUGACUGAUCUCAGACCCAUCCCAGAUAAGGAGUUUGUAGAGACCUACAUUAAAGCCUACUACCUGACUGAAAAUGACAUGGAGCAGUUCAUCAAGAAUCACAGGGAAUACUCCAUGAAGCAGCUGGCCAACCUGGUCAACGUCUGCCUCGGCUCUCACAUCAACAAGAAAGCCAGACAGAAACUUCUCGCAGCUAUUGAUGACAUCGACCGACCAAAAAGAUAAACGAGAGCAGGGUCGCCCAGGCUGAAAGCGGAAUCACAGUGGAAAUCACAUACACAGUUACUAAUGUGCAGAAUAUCCCACCAUGCAUGACUAGCAUUUUAUCGUUAGCAAAUUUCCGCAGCUGCUUUGUACAUUUUUUUGCGACUAUAACCAGCUUUUGCUUUUACUGUACAUGAUGCUGGCUUAUGAACAGCUCUUUGAUAUCUGUGUAUAUCACUAUCAGUUAACUGACCACAUGAAUGAAUGACACUUGAGAUGAAGGGCAAAUCCUGAACGACAAAUGAUUUGCAAAGGGCAGCUGCCUGGCAAUGAUGUUUUAUUGUGAGAAAUUUCAAAGAUUCUGAUAGUUCUACCAGUUCUUUUUAAGCAGAGAUACUCCAUUUGUAGGUGAAGGUUUGUUAUUUUCAAGAUGUUGCAUGUACUUUUGAAGACUUGAUGAAUAUCCAUCCAUUGAGGGGAAAAAUCUAGUGAUCUUAAUGUCUGUUUCUCCAACUCUGUUACUCAAACUAAUUGUGUGUUCUUUGUUGAAAUGUAUUUGUUCCUUUUGUUUUUUUUUAAGAAAAAAGGAAGUAAUUUUAUUAUUUAUCCCAAAAAUGUCUAUGUAUGUGGUCGAUUGGUUGAUCAACCAUAUCUAUCAUCUUGCAUCUUGCAAUGUUUUUCUUUCUUUAUUUCUUUCUUACUUUUUCAUGGAAGAAUAUUAAUGUUUAGAAAUUUGGCUGCUGUUAUUCUGUUGUUUUUCCCUUGUAUGUAUGCUUCUAUAAGAUGACAACACUUGGCUACAGAACUUCAUUCCGCACUUUGUGUUUGUGACGCAGAUGGUUUACACUGUAUAUGUAAGUGGCAAAACCACGUUUUAUUUAUUUCAGCUACUGUAAUUUUGUACACCCAGGGCGUUACAUCAAACUUAAGCCUGUUGUUGAAGUAGACUUCCUUGCUGUUACUCUGUAGUGGCCUGAAGCAAAAUAUUACGUUGCUUAUGUUAACUGACUGUAACAAGUUAGAAUCAAGGUCCCAAAAUAAAUACACUAACAUCCACGUUA